UUCUACAAAUCAAUAGGGGUCGUUGGCCUAAUUACCUUGGGUUUCCUGUAACUAAAUGCCAGCAUAUCCAGUGCACGGGGACAGAGAGAACGUUAUAAACUGCUAUAUCAAAAGGUAAAAACAGCGAUCAGAGAAGACGACAUGAUCCUCUCCCUACAAAACAUACUGAGCCUCCUCCUUGGUACAACCUUACUCUGCAGCCAGGCAGAAGACACCUGUCCAGAUGUGAAACUGAUGGGUGUUGGGGAAUCAGACAAAUUGGCUCUUCUAAGAGGGUGUCCGGGGAUCCCAGGAUAUCCAGGACUGCAGGGACCUCCCGGACCUCAUGGACAGAAAGGUGACAAGGGAGAUCCUGGGGAAAUGGGAAAAUUGGGACCAACUGGGGAAAAAGGAAGCAAAGGAGAAAACGGCGUCCCAUACAGUCCAGUAUAUGGAGCUGCAAAGAACUGUAAGGAGCUGAGGGAUAAAGGCAUGGUGCUCAAUGGCUGGUACACAAUAUACCCAGACGGCAUGCAGCCUCUGAUGGUGCUAUGUGACAUGAAUACGGAUGGAGGAGGAUGGAUAGUGUUUCAGAGACGUGUGGACGGUUCGGUAGACUUUUACCAAGACUGGGAGACCUACAGAAGAGGAUUUGGUAGUCAACUGAGUGAAUUCUGGUUGGGCAACGAGAAUAUUCACCGACUUACAUCCAAAGGUAAAUUUCAGCUCCGUGUGGAUUUAGAAGAUUUUGAAAAUAAUCGAACCUACGCCACAUACAAAGACUUCAGUAUUAAUGGAGAAGAAGACUUCUACAGGCUGAACUUUAGUGGUUUCAUUAAAGGAACUGCAGGAGAUUCACUAGGAUUACACAGGAACGAAGCCUUCUCCACCAAAGAUAGGCAGAACGACAAGGCUAAAAAAGAGUGGACACCCUGUGCCGAAUAUUAUAAAGGAGCCUGGUGGUUUGAAGCCUGCCGUAGCUCCCACCUGAAUGGGGAAUACCUGAAGGGUGAACACUCAAAAGAAUCCGGUGGGGUCAUCUGGAACACUUUCAGAGGCAGCAUGUACUCUCUAAAGUCUUCAGAAAUGAAGUUUCGCCCUGUUAUUAAUUAGACUGGCCAUUGUCUGAAAAGUGCGGAUCAGAGACCAUGUCGUUAUUAUAGACAGAGGUCCUCUAUGCAAGGACUGUCAGUGUUGUAGACCCUGAGACCUCUUUUGGACCAGCUCAAAUUGUCCUCAUCCUCCUUCAUAAGCAGCGUGAUCUCCUCGUCCCAUCUCCAACAAGUUAUUACAUUAUUACAGGGGGCAAUCACGUCAGACAUCUACUCUCCCGAAUUUGGGGGGGGGGGGGGGGGUCGGUCAAAGGAAUAGUGAAGCCUUUUCCUAUCUUAUCUGUGUGUCCCUCUCUCCUCAGUCAGGUUGAUGGACUCAUUAGACCCUGGAUGUGAGCAGAUGAAUGAGAAUAAAUUAUAUGAUUCUCUG